GAUGGGUGAAAGAGUUGUGGUUGGUGUGAAAAUAGAGGGAAAUGAUGAGAAACAACAUAGAAAUGAAGGGCCUUCAUCAGAUUGUUGGUCUUGGAGAAAAUAUGGCCAAAAACCCAUUAAAGGAUCUCCUCAUCCAAGGGGGUACUACAGGUGCAGCGAAGAAGCAAGUUGAGAGGUGCAAAACAGAUGCAUCGAUGCUCAUCAUCACUUACACCUCCACCCACAAUCAUCCAGACCCCGCCCCUUUCUCUCUCCCCACAACUCCAAAUCAAGAUUCAGAAACAAACCCAGAUGAAAUCGAGGUCCCACCACCGAAUUCCGGAGACGAUCCACUGAAUUCCACGUCGGGUCACGCAGUGGGCGGAGGCGGAGAACCCUUUGAGGAAAUUCUACAAGCACCUGGAGUGCGGUACGGCGAUGAUCACGGUUGCUAUGUGUUGAAAUCGGAGGAGAAUGAUUUCUACGAUGAGCUCGAGGAACUUCCCACUUCCUCCUCCUUCACGGCUUUCAUGAAGAGUGGCUUCUAUGAGGGAAGAAUUGCUGUGAAUCUCUUUUUUUUUUAAUUAAUUCCUAUAUAAGGAAGAAAAUUACAAAUAAACUCAAGUUAUAAAUAAAUUAAUUCCUAUAUAAGGGAGAAAAUUAUAAAUAAA